AUGCAUGUACAUUAUAACAGUUUCAUAUGUAUGCACCGAUUGAUGGAAGUAACAAUGACGAAGUACCUCUAUAGAGCCCCAAUCAAUAUCUACCGUCAACUGCAAGUGGAUCUUCGAAAGCCAUGCCAUAAAAGUAUAAAGUGGGAACGUAGCAUUGCUGACUUAAAUAAAUAUAUUUGUAAAUUAGAUGACCAACUUACAAACUUCCAUUAUACAGUGUACCAAAUGUAUACAACAACAUCUAAUACUAUUGGCAGUUAUAUUGCAAUUAAUGAAAAAAAAAUCGUAUUCACCAUAAGAAUAGAACGAUUCGAUUUAAAUAGUGCAAUAGUUGCUAACGUGAAAAAUUACCUCGGCUAUGACAAAGGAGAAUUGUUUUGUUAUCUUGAGAUCACCGAAAAAGAUAUAGUUACAGACGACAACUACGCUACAAUGAGUUAUUCUGAUACGGAACGUGUAACAUUUUCCUGUGACCGAUACACAGACAUUGCCGAAGAUAUAUCAAUUGGUUUGAUUGACAGUAGAGGGGACAACAUACAGACGGUAAUAGGAACUUUAUAUAGUGAGUUACUCGAUGUCAGUAAAAAUGGAAGUAUGCUGUGUUGUGUAUAUUACGAAAAGACUCAAUCAGACGGAACUCAAUAUAUCAACCGGGUCAUUGCAAAUAAAACCUUAUUGGUAUGCAAGAAGAACGAGUUUAAUCAAACUGAGACUACGGAUGCAGAUACGUCUCUUGCGACUAUGGAACAAAUGGUACAGACAUUCACAAACUACGCGUAUUUAAUAAUACCAAUCGCUGUAUUAUUAACCAUAACUAUAAUUACAACUUACAUUUGUAUCAGGAAAAAGAGAAACGGAACUGAAAUUGCUACAGAGCGGAGCAUUUGUGAGAACCAAGACGUAAAUUACGCCACUUUGGACCUCAAAACCAGUGGAAAGAAACCAACCCAGCCGGAUGAACCUCAAUAUGCUCAAAUUAUGGCGGCCAGUAAAUUAUAA